GCUCAUGAACUACGGCAAAGACGCUUACAGAUUCAUCGGUUAUCUAUCAGACUACCUAGACGAUGACCGACUACCAGACAUGCAUGUUGAAGUUAAAGUUGUCAGGUCCAUACCUUCCGAUAGCGAUGGUGAGACUUGGUCUGUUCACCACAUCGCCCUCGCAGUCCUGCACGGCUCCUUCUCGACCUUCCGUUAUUUCCGCUCUCGCAACUGGUCUUCAAUCAUACCUGCAUUUCCAUAGUUGCAGCAAUUCCGUGUCCUUUGCGGUGGGCAAAACAACUCAGAAGCGGGAGCCCGUGCACUCCGUGACGUAGUAUUGAAUGCCGCGAAUAACCAUCCAGCUAUCAGUGUUCAACAUGACCCUAGCCUGCCAGAUGAGAGGUUCUUACAGCCAGCGUUGUUACAAGCGACCCCGCCGCCUCCGCUACGGUGGGUCAUAUCCCGUUUCGGUGCACUUACGUAACUACGUAUCUCUCUCUCCGAGAGGUUCUCCAUGUAUUGUGGCUC